AUGGCAUGUGUCAAAGAAGCCGAGCUCACUGACACUUCGCUGCGUCCGGAUAUUGCCGAAUGCGCAGAGAUUGGUACCAACGCUCCUGAUCUUGCCAUACUGCAUUAUACUUGGAAGGAGAAACGCGAAGGCGAAGGCCACUUGAAAAAACGCGGAAAAAACGUUCGUAUAAUGGACUAUCUGGCUGCCGAGCUCCAAAAAACUCAUAUUGGGGGCGUUGGAUGGGGUGAAGAAAAAAAGGAAGUCAGCAGUAAUAAGGACGGUUGGGAUUCCAAUGACUGGUUCCUCCCCAAGCAAAAAAGUAAAGAGACCAAGAAACAGAAAGAGGGAGUCGAGCAGACCGACCCUCCUGAACCAGCCCAGCCGAGCGGUGCCAAGCCCAAAACCAACGCGGAUAAAAGCGGAUGCAGAGCGGCAAAACGCGAGACUAUGAAGGAACUACGCUGGGGAGAAAGCCAAGGCGAGGAGUGGGGAGGGAAAUGGUAA